AUGACGGCUGCUGCAAGUCAACCAACAGAGAAACUUCCUGUCGUUUUCUCAUAUAGUGAUUGCGGAGGAUUGGUUGAUCAUGUUUAUAACUAUUUAAAACCUAAAUUAGAGUUUCCUGUUUGGAUGGAUAAACAUGAUGCUCACAGUGGUAGUUUCAGUUCCAGUCUAGCUAGUGCCAUUGAAAAGUGUGGUGCUCUCGUGUGUUUCCUAACUCCUGAAUAUCAAGAGACAUCAGCUUGUGAACGAGAAUUGACAUACGCUGCAAAUCAACGUAAAAUAAUUAUUCCAGUUAUUGUUGGCAAAUCCAAUGCUUUUGAUGCUUCUAAUGAUGAAGAAGAGGACGACGAGGACGACGACGAAGAGGAUUGGUUUCCAAAUGAUUGGUUAGGUUUGAUUGUAGCGGAUCUAUCUGUAAUUUAUUUUGAUGGUGUUACAAAAGAAAACAUUGGUGAAAAGUGUGAUGAACUUAAGACCAGAAUUGAAAAUACUCUCAAAAAUACGAUAGCACCAGCAACUAAAUAG